GAUGUCCCUUCUCACACGUCACACUCUCUCAACGAGUCCAGACACACUCGGCGAUCCUCUUCUUCAGCAGUCAGAACUGUACUUAGUAUAGGACAUUUUUACAAUAGGCUGCUCUGGUUGGACUUUAGUGACUCUUGACUGGACUGAAUAUUUGGGCCCUGGUUCUGUGGAGCUCCAGUCCUCGUCUAUUGCUUCUCCUCUGUCUCUCAACACCCCUGCUAACACCACUUGGCGGGAGGAGAAGAGACUGCUGACCCGCCAUGUUUCUCGCACUAGUUGUGACGCCAGAGCUCAGGGAGUUCCUGGCCAGGGCAAGAGGUGGAGCAGUGCGCCUCCUCAAGGUCUGCAUCCUAGAUGAGCAGCUAGUGCUGGGGGCCUACAGAGAGCCGGAAAAGAGCUGGGACCAGGAUUAUGAUCACUUCCUGCUUCCUCUCCUGGAUGACCAGGACCCCUGCUACGUCCUCUACCGCCUCGACUCCCAGAAUGCACAGGGCUACGAGUGGAUCUUCAUAUCAUGGUCUCCUGACCAGUCUCCAGUGAAACAAAAGAUGUUGUAUGCUGCCACCCGUGCCACCGUGAAGAAAGAGUUUGGCGGUGGCCACGUGAAGUAUGAGAUGUUUGGCACAGCUGAGGAGGACAUCUGUUUGCUGGGCUACCAGCGUCAUGUGUCAUCCUGCUCAGGUCCUGCCCCGCUCACAUUAGCUGAGCAGGAGCUCCAGAGGAUCAAAAUUACUGAGGGCCGGGUUAAACAGGUGAAGACAGAGAUCAGCGUGGAGAGCAAGCACCAGACGCUUCAGGGCCUCACCUUCCCACUGCAGGAGACAGCCAAAAGAGCCCUGCAGCAACUUGCCCAGAAACGCAUCAACUACAUACAACUGCGAUUGGAUGUAGAGAAGGAGACAAUCGAGCUGGUCCACUCCAACCCGACAGAAACUCGAGAUUUGCCCCGCAGAGUUCCCAAAGACACUCCCAGAUACCACUUCUUCCUUUACAAACACUCCCAUGAAGGAGACUAUCUUGAAUCUGUCGUGUUCAUAUACUCCAUGCCUGGAUACAGCUGCAGCAUUAAGGAGCGGAUGUUGUAUUCCAGCUGCAAGAGUCGACUACUGGAGGGUGUCGAGAAAGAUUACCAUUUGGAAAUUGCUAAAAAGUUGGAGAUUGACGACGGAGAUGAACUGACAGAGCAGUUUCUGUAUGACGAGGUCCAUCCCAAGCAGCAUGCCCACAAGCAGGCCUUCGCUAAGCCCCGCGGCCCGGCAGGAAAAAGGGGACACAAGCGCAUCAUUAAGGGGCCAGGAGAGACCAUACAGGGACAGCUAGAGGUGGACACCAUUUCUCCUAUAAUAUAG